GGCCACCUGCAUCAGUUCCAGCUAACUGGUGUAGCAUUCGGACCAGGACACUUUUACCUUAACUGAUGGAUCUUCUGUUUGAAAUGGAGCACUUUUCUUCUUGGCACCAUCUAAAAUAAAUCUCCAGAGAGAAUCCACCUUCAGUCAGAGCUAUCAGAACUUCGCCUGAAACACUAAUUUGUCUUGAGAGGAUUCCAUGGGGUAUGUUUUCUUUUCUGUUGAAAGGAUGACUUUGUAACCUGAGUUAAUUUGUGUUAUAAGAAAUCAUCUCUGAGGAGUAGCUCUGCUUUCCAGGAGGAAAACACAAACAACGAGCUGAAAACACUGAAACUUUGACAUACUUUGGAAAUAUGGCAUCCCGCUCUUUUAGUCCUGCACUUUCUGUGGUUGCCAAAGUAACCUGUCUUGUUGGACUGUUGCUUAUUGACCAAUGGGGGCCCUCAGGGAUCAACUGCCAGAAUGAUACGGAGCCGAUUGUGCUGGAGGGAAAGUGCCUGGUUGUAUGCGACUCAACUCCAACAGCAGAGCCGUCAGGCAACGCUCUGGGCAUGUCAGUGAGGUCAGGCACAGGUCGGGUGGCUUUUUCAGCAAUCCGCAACACCAACCAUGAACCAUCUGAGAUGAGCAACCGCACAAUGACCAUCUAUUUUGAUCAGAUACUAGUGAAUGUCGGCAGCCAUUUUGACCCAGCAACAAGCAUCUUUGUGGCCCCCAGAAAAGGAGUCUACAGCUUCAGCUUUCAUGUGGUUAAAGUUUACAACAGGCAAACAAUACAAGUGAGCUUGGUCCUUAACGGCUGGCCGGUGAUCUCAGCGUUUGCAGGUGAUCAGGAUGUGACGAGGGAAGCAGCCACAAAUGCAGGGCUGGUGUUAAUGGAGCGAGGGGACAAGGCUUACCUUAAACUGGAGAGGGGGAACCUGAUGGGAGGGUGGAAGUACUCCACAUUUUCUGGGUUUCUGGUGUUCCCAUUGUAGGGUUCAUUUAGGCUGGAGGAUGUUUUAAAUAAAGGUUGGCUUAUUUCCUAGAGCUGACAGCAUAAAGGAGGAAGCAAUGAUGGCUGGAUUUAUUCUGUGUUAUUAGGAUCCACAUUGGACUGCAUAUGAUGUGUAUUAGAAGAGUGAGUGAUUUAACUUUGCACCAGUCUUGAAUGUAAUGUCUGUGACCACAGCUCUCUUGUGGCUUGUAAUUUAUUUAGGCUAAUUGUGUCUCUAUGUGAUUGCUUCAAUCUGGUGUAAUCUCUUUAAUGCAUGA